GUUUAAACAGAUUCAAAAUUACUUUACGAGAUACCAAUUGUCUAAAACUUGCAAACUAACUAGAUGGGAGAUUAUUAAUGUGAGUAGAAUGGAAAUGGUUUGCAAAUGCAAAUGUAAAUUCAGGUUUGUAUAAAAUCAAGAGUUUCUUCACACUACUUUGUUACUAUGUUUAAAUUGUACAAUGGAUAAAGAAGAAACUACAGAGCACGUGUAAUGCAGUUCCUUCUAAACCAUUUAUGCUUCAAGUGCAGAAUAAAAUUGUGUUUUCAAACAGUAAAGCUCUACAAGUCAACCAGUACCAUCGAGAAUGGAGUAAUAGUGGAUACACUGCGCCAAUUAGGUUUUACUGAAUGGGAAGCUAAUCAAAUAGCGAGACAUAAACACGUCCAAAAUGUUGAAGUACCUAAGAUGAAACGGAUUGUGGAAAGGCUUAAA